AUGAAUCUGGAGAACCGGAAAAAGGUCAUGACAAAGAAGAAAGCGUGCUAUGUUUGUUUGAAGACUGGCCACGGGUCACGAAGUUGCAGAGCUGUUGUAAAAUGUGUCUUCUGUCAAAGGAAGCAUUGUGUGUUGCUGUGCCCAGAAGUAGAGAAGACUCGAUCACUACCCGAAUCUACCCCGGAGCAGACGCCUACUCAAACCACGCCUGCGAUGUCUAAUCUGCAGUGUUCCGGAGAUGUUAUAUUACAGACGGUGUACGUGAAUUUGGAGAACAAUGGCAUGCGUCGGAGAAUUCGACUUGUAUUUGAUGGCGGUUGUCACAGAUCUUACUUGCUUAAGAGCACUGCAAUCAAACUUGGCUUGAAAACAGUCGGAACCUUAAACAUGUGUCACAUUUUAUUUGGAUGUUCCCGUGAGGUCAGGCAACACCAAGUGUACCGAGUCAGUAUUGAAAGCCUGGAUGGUUCCGUCCAGACAACGUUGACGUUAUUAGACCAAGAAAAAAUCUGCGAAUUGUUACCAAGGGCUAACAAGCACAGAGUGAUUGAGGACUUCAGGGACAAGAAGAUAUUCGUGAAUGACAUUGGAGAAGGUUCACCCGAAAUCGAAGUCUUGAUUGGAGCCGACAACUUCGCGUCGUUGUUGACAGGGAGAAAAGUAAACUUGAGAUGUGGUCUGAUUGCGCUCGAGACGGCGUAUGGAUGGACACUGACAGAAAAGUUAGAGGAGUAUGAGUCCAACAGUGCGUCGCUAAUGGUGACUUCCAUGAUGGCGGAGAGUGACAUAACUAAUUUGUGGGAUUUGGAGCUUAUAGGCAUUCGAGAACCAGAUUUUCACAAACCACAAGCAGAAAGAGAUGCGGAAGUACGGCAACAUUUUUUGGGGACCAUCAAUAGGAAUUCAGAUGGAAGAUACUGUGUUAGGCUGCCUUGGAUUGAUGAGUCGAAGCAGGUGCCGGACAAUUUUGAAGUUGCAAAGAAGAGGCUUGAUGGUACCUGGAGAAAGUUAAUGAGUAUGGUGGAGCAGUAUGACAGGAUAUUCCAGGAUUGGAUUUUGGAGGGAAUUGUUGAAGUGGUGCCAGAUGAAGAACGAAACAAUCGCGGGCAUUAUCUGCCCCAUCGACCAGUAGUAAAGCCUGAAAGUCUGACAACUCCAAUCCGUCCUGUAUUUGACGCCUCUUGCAAAGAUGGGCGUGCACCGUCGUUAAACGAAUGCUUAGCUAAAGGGCCCAAUUUGACUGAGCUCCUACCAACUGUAUUGAAUUGA